UGAGCGGUCUACACAUCACAAGUGUCACAGUCUAUCCCGGGCCAUGACUGCCCAGCUUCCCAACACCAGUGUUCCUGGGAGUACCGCAGUUCUGCUGCCGACUACAGACUGUCCAUUUAACGUCACUGCGGUUGAUCAGGAAGGACUCGGUCCGGGCCAGUCACUGGCGCCGCUCUGCACCCUCUGCUGCUGUGGAUUUAUCAAUCGCACUUUGGCAGUGGUGUUCAUGGUGAGCCUGGCAUUUGCCAUUGUGGUUGGAAAUGUGGUCACCCUUACUGUCUUUGUGCAAACAAGGCAGUCCCGAACACCCCAGGGAUACCUGAAAGUGUCUCUGGCCAUAGCAGACAUGAUGGUCGGUGUCCUCGUCGUCCCGUUCUCCAUUUACACUGAGAUCUCACUGAUGGUGACCAGCGCACCCCCCAUUUGGUACCAGGGCAGCUCUGUUUCCCCGGCCGCCCCGUGGCAGCCCUGCAUGCUGAUUGGCCCUGUGUUUGCUGGAUGCACCUUUGUCUCCAUCAGCACCAUCUUCCUCAUGACACUGGAGCGAAGCGUGGCCAUCCUACGGCCCCUCCACAAGGACGCCCUGGUGACCCGGAGAAGAAGUCUGUUCCUCAUCCUGCUCUCCUGGGCUGCCAGCUUCCUGCUAGCUCUUGCGCCCCUCAUCUUCAGCAGAAACUUCACUCUGGAGUACAAUGAGUGCAGUCGUAUGUGUAACUACACACCACUCUUGCUCGGCAGCCAGCUGCCACCCGAUGCCAACAUUUUGCUGUUAUUCCCAACGUUUGACUUCACAUUGCUCGGUGGCACAUUGGCAGUGAACAUUGUGUCUUUCACGAGCAUCCGACGGUACUCCCGAAAACGCAAACUGCUGUCAGAGGGGAGUCUGAGUGAUGGAGGAGGAGGGGCGGGGGUAGGGGGAGCAUGCGCUCACAGGCCCUCCUUUUCAGACAUCAAAGCUGCCAAGACAAUUGGCAUACUGACAUUCGCCUUUACAGCUUCCUUCUCUCCCAUCGCGGUGUUUGUGCUCGGGAACGUGGUGGGAUACACCUGGUGUAACUUUUCUUUUUUAGCCUUCUGGAUCCUGACAGGAAACAGUUGCUGUAAUGUCAUUAUCUACAGUGUCAGGGACCACCGCUUCAGGAAGGGUGUGACUCUGCUCUUCCAGCGAGACCACUCCCCGCCACAUGGCGAGAAGUCCUGAGGGAUACGUAAACAAAGUCAACAAUCACAUGUUUUGUGGCUGCUUGCCAUUCAUUUUGAUAGUUAACGAAAUAGUAUGACAUGUUGGGAAAUAUGCUUAUUCCCUUUUCUAGGAGCCUGGCUCUGCCUACCAGCACAUCUAAAGCUCACCGUUGAACACUUAUCUCCUCUAUCUGUUAUAAAUAAAAAUAUAAAUGUUAAAACAACAAACUGUAUUUUUACAAGAGGUUAUGUUGUGAACUAUUUAUUGGCUGUAAAACAUUUUUUUUAACCUUUUUAGUUUUUACACUGUGUAAACUGUACAGAUUAAACAAGCAAAUGUAGUGUGCUAGUGGAUAUUAAAGUCUUGUGUUCCCUUCGGACAAAGUCAGGGUAACUUGCCCAUUCCAGUCUUCAUGCUAAGCUAAGCUAGCUGACUCCUGGCUCCAGCUUUAUAUUUAAGAUAUGCCCAUAAGAGUAGUCUCAUCUAACUCUUUACAAGAGCAUGUCCCAUACUCUCAAACUAUUCCUUACAUUUAAAUGUAAACUCCAUAUGAGAUAAACAAAAAAAGGUCAUUGAAAAAUGUAAAUGGAAGAUAAGUUUAUAAUCUUUGAAACAUCUUUUCCUUGUACAUUUGUCUUUCAACAACCUGUCACUUUCCACUAUUGUCAAACCUCUUCUCUGAAGCUUUAUAUCAGAGGGCUUUUACAACCUUUUCAAUAACUUCAGGGACCAAACCUACUUUACUGUAUCUCCUGGUGCAGCACUGACAAUCUGCAAUAACCACACAGUUAACGUUUUAUUUGUAUGGCAGUGGUGGUUUUUGUCAAUUAUUCAAUUACAAGGGAUGUUGUUAACGUCUUUGGAAUAAUGUGGGUUACAAUUGUUUUUGUUCCGGAAACAGUUCAUAACAUCGACUUGAUUCUGUUGUGUUACAGACAUUUAUUUUUGAGCAACUAACUUCAAUCUAUUGUAAUAAUAUUCUGCCUCAAAUAUCAGAAAUGCACUUUAUCAGUUACUAUGUGAGCUACUUGCAUGAAGCCACAUGUCAGAUAAUGGUAUUUUUAUACAAGUUUUAUUUUUCUCGUUUUAUAAUAUUACGUAUUUUUGUCAACCAAAUGUGAAUCAAAAAAGAUCUGCGUAUUCAUCAGAAAAGACUAAAUGAAUGGGAUGCUAACCACAGAGAAUUAGUAUAAAGAGCUUUUUGAUUAAAGCAGACCUUCAUAUGGUGCUGGCCAUAUCUUUUCAGGGUGUAAUGUACUUUUAACAUAUAUCAUUAUCUAUUGAGUAUUGUCUGACAAUAUUUUAAAAUGUUUAAAUCUGUUUGAAGGGCAUUUUGCAGCAUGAGAUGGAUAUACUUAUAUUCUUAAAUUGGUUGCACUUCUGCAUGUAAUUCUGCCAUAACUGAAUUAUUAAUAUUAACUAUUCAUAUGGGAACAAUUCAGCAACAGAAAAAAACAAAAACACAAUAAAGACGUUCUUCUUGCUAUAAAUUGCUCUAAAUUGUUUCCAAAUCAAUUGUAUGACUCAAAAAGUGUUCUAAUAAUUCAACUAGAAAGUUGCACUUCUCAGCCAGUGUGUCAACAACAACAACAACAACGGCAACAACCACUGCUGUAUUUUGUGAUUGGAUGAAUACAACUAAACUAACUCCUCGCCUGAACACAAAAUCUGAAUUAAAAAACUAGCAGCGAUGAAUGCUAGUAAACCACUCAGUCAUUGUCCGUCCUUAAAUCUAAUAUGUCAUGUAUGGAUGUGAGAUUUUUUGUUUUGUUUAAUAAUCUGCCACAAUCAUGAAAAAGGUUGUAAUCUACAGUGUCCUAAUCUUCAUUGGCUCUGUGUAAGAAAAAAUAAAUUCUUAUUGUGCUAGUAUUG